GAGUUCUGUUCGCUGAAGAAAAACACCAAAACCCCAACACAUCACCAACAACCCGAGGCGCAUCCGGAACCGAUUCGACAACGAUGGGUCGAGUUGGGUUGCGCCGUCAACCGGCGACGAUGGCGGGACGAUUGAUGACACUAACGGUGCUGUUUGUUCUCGGCACGAUCUUCAUCGGUCAGGCCACGGGUCAGGACACGGAGUUCGCACCGCACGUUACGGCCACCUGCAAGUCCGGCACGAUGAACAUCAAGAUCCAGUUCGCGGGCCCGUACAACGGUGUGGUGCACGCGCGGGACUUUCGGACACCGGCCUGCAUGACCUUCGGUAACGGAUCGGCAUCGCUCGGGCUCAGCCUCAACCUGCUGGCCAAGUCCGGCAACAGCGAGUACUGUGGCAUUCUCGUCAGCAACGUGAGUGGUGGUGAUCGCACGGAGGAACGCUCCGUACAGUUGGCCGUCCGUGUGCACAAAACGUUGGAGCUGGCGGACGACAAAUUCUACGUUAUCACAUGCGGCAAAACAGGAUUCGCUAGAGAUGACAGCGGUGCGGUUGCAUUAAAGUUCCUGGACAGCACGGGGCGGCGUGUCCGGGAAACGGUUUACAACCGGGAGUACACGAUCAAGGCGGAAGUUACCAAUCCCAACGGCACGUACGGUAUCCGCGUAAAGAACUGCUUUGCCUUCAACAAGAAAAACAUGACCGUGGUGCUGAUUGACGAUCGAGGCUGCCCAUUGAAAAAUGACACGAUGACGCGGUUCCGACCGAGUGCGGAUGGUACCAGCGCAACGGCACAGAUCAAGUCGAUGUUUAAAUUCUCCGAAGGAUCCGAGGUACACUUCCAGUGCGAUGUCGUCCAGUGUAAUGGGCGGUGUCCCGAUGACGAAUCGAUAUGUACCGGGGAUGCGAACGCGUUCGUCAAAACGGCCCGCGCCUUAGGUCAGGAAGACGACGGAAUGCUGCUGGCGGCCACGACCGUCUUUGUGAUUGAUCCUGCCUUCGCACCGGUUAUCUCACCAAUCUGUGACGACACGGGAAUUCGUCCGCACUGGCUACUCUGGCUGACGAUCGCACUCGGCGUGCUGUUUCUGAUCAUGCUACUGAUGAACAUCUUCCUCUGCACGGCCAUGAGCUGCAGCUGUGCGCAGACUGAGAUCAUCGAGAAGGAACCGUCAAUCAUCGAAGAGUACGAUCCGUACCGAAGUUGGCACGGGUCACAGUACGGAUCGCGUUACUCGCUGCAUGGUGGCCGCGAGGGUGGCCACAACAAGGGUUACACGAGCGGUGGCAGUACGAUCCACUCCAACCGAUCGCUGCCGAUCGACUCGGACCAUUACGCGAUCGUACACAGCCGACCCGGUUCACGGCAUUCCGGACUGCACGGACAUCGGCCACGUGGACCACCGAGCAAUAUGUAAAACAGCUGCUUCCAUUAUGGGACGAUAAGCUUAAAUCACUUGCCCCAAAAUCUGAAACGGUUGCGCCUGCUCCAACUCUUUCGCUUUUCAUAGCCUUACGAAUAGGAGGAUCGUUUGAUGGGUUGAGCGAAGAUGCUGACCCAUUGCAUCGUUAGUACGCACAGUGAAAUUGUACAUAACCGGACGUGCGUGUAUGCCAAUGGUGUGUAUGUGUCUUGUUUUCUUUUAAUAUUAACCAACCUACACUCCGCGUACUCCCGGGAGCGAACAGUGUAAUCUCGAUCAUCCUCGGUCCAAUCGAACAAAUAUUGCGAACGAAAGAUUUCAUGGUCUGCAUAAGUGUGUGCAGUAGCGUACAGCAUCGGCAGAAGAUGCAAUGAAGUGGUUUAACUUAACUUAUACACUACCGAUAGCGCAUCAAUUAUUCGACGUGUUCGCUAACUCUUCACAAAGAGGGUUUUGUACUGCGGUUAGCAUACCACCAGGCGCAGACAAUGGUAGUGAGCAUUUUUGUUUAAUGUACCGAAUAUCGGCCAGCCGAAGACUGACAAAUGCCAUGUAAACGUACGUCAUUCUGCUGGAUUUUUUACAAUCUACCAUCUAUAGAACAGAAAAAAAGCAAAACAAUCUUCCUUAUCUGAGAACAAAGCAAUGCAGCGAGGAAAAUGAUUAGCACGAGUUAUUCGUCUGCACCGCUUGCACAAAGACUAAAAGAUGUUGAUUUAAUUACCACUAGCAUUGGAUGGAAUAAAAGACGUUGUAUCAAGCAUGAUACGCGACCGUAACAAGAGUUAGUGAUCGAAGUGUAAAAGUUACUUUAAACAAUAAAAUAAACCAUAGGUAAUAUACUAGUAAAACUAGCUGUAGUGGAGGUACAGGAAACUGCUUCAUCGCAAGCAGCGAAAGCAGCAAAUAAUGAGAUAGAUUAAUAAAUGUAACCCUUCACGAAAUGAUGAUCAUUUUGCAAACGAUGUCCUUCCUGCAGCAGUAAGUAUCAAUACAAAAGUAGUGAGAAGGUAUUUGCUUUUAAAAAAUUGUAAAUUUUUGCAUAAGACAGAAUAGUUAAUAAAAGUACAUACUAAUACGAUAAAAAAACGUUUUUUCGGACUGCAUUUGGGCAUACGGGAUAAAAGUUGCUAUCCGAAACGUCACUAUUUUGCUGGGAAGUAUGAAAACCGGU